AUGCCCGCAUUACGGCAAGCAAAUUGGAAUGUGAGCGAUGGCGAUUUGCAAUCCUCCACAACAAAUUACGCGCAAGCAGGCCGUGACCAGGUCUACGAGAACCCAUCAAGUCCAACAGAGUCUCCACGUCAUAGCGUCUCAAGUCUACCCUACCCCUUCGAUUCCCAAUCCUCCUUAGAGAACGACAAUGGCAGCCACGCAUGGAGAAGAAGCUUGAUCGCACGCAUUAUAGACACGUUUCAACUGUCCAAGAGCUAUCUGCCGGGGCAUGUCAAGGGCGAUGUAGAUCAGAUCAUACAUUCACAUACAGGAAAUUUGGAUGGCUUCGCAAUUACGCUCUGCUACACCUCCAGGAUGAACUUGCUGCUCUCCAACAUGAGUUGGAGGAAUUUGAUAAAUGGGAUUUCAGAGAUGGUGAUCAGAAGCGGCUAG